GCCUCGAGCUGCGCGCCCGGGCUGCGGUGUCGGGCUCGCACACGAGCAUGCAGGACGACUCUCGACCGGUCAAGAGCGAGUGGGGCUGGCUGCGGCCCCACUCGACGCCCGCCACGCUGCUCUGGCUGCAGCAGAACUAUGAGGUGGCCGAGGGCGUGUGCAUCCCCAGGAACACGCUGUACCUGCACUACGUCGACUUCUGCGCGCGCAACGCCAUGCAGCCCGUGAACGCCGCCAGCUUCGGAAAGAUCAUCCGGCAGCAGUUCCCGCAGCUGACCACGCGGCGCCUGGGCACCCGCGGCCAGUCGCGCUACCACUACUACGGCAUCGCGGUGCGCGUCGGAUCGCUCUACUUCGAGCCUCCGUACGGCAAGGGGGCCGGCCACCGGCGCCCGCAGCCGCAGCAGGGCCCGCCGCCGGCUUCCCGGCUCGUGCUGCCGGAGUUCCCGCGAGUGCGCGAGCUGCUUCUGCCGGUCGGCGCCGACGCCGAGCAGCUGGCGGGCUUCGUGGCCAUGUACCGGGGUCACUGCCAGCGGCUGCUCGACGAAUGCACGCAGCCGCACGAGCCCCCGCUAGCGGGCGUGCUGCAGUGCGUGGCACACUUCUGGCGCCGCGUUCCCGCGCAUCUGGCGUCCCUGCUGGCCUCGAACGCCCUGGCCAACCUGGUGGGGGUCUGCGAUGGCCUCCUGUACGGCGCCGUGGCCGAUGCGUUGCUGCCCACGUACGCACCGCCUCCGCACGACAGCGUCAGGCAGUGCGGCACUGCGGAUACGAGUCUGGCUUCUUGGUGCAGCAACGCGUGCCGGGCCGCACGGCUGCUGUCGGAGCAGCUAGAGCCGUGGCUGGAUGCGGCGCUGGCGGGAUUCCCGGCGCCGCUGAGGGCCAUCAAGCUGCACAUGUGCCGCCGGCUGUCGCAGGCGCUGCGCCGCCGCCUCUCGCUGGCCAAGCUGUGGCCCGCGUGGCGCGCCGCGGUUCCCUCGCAUGACUGGGCCCUGCUGGACCUCACCGCCGUGAGCGCCGAGGCCGUGGCGCGCAGUCCCCGUCCGGGCACGCCGUCGGCCCGCUUCGUAUACGCGCGCGCGCACGAGCUGUGCGCGCUGCUGGGUUCCGACGAGCAAGCGCUGUCCGGGUGGCUCGAGGCCUUGGUGGAGCGCAGCGUGGCCAGCGCCGCCAGCGCCACGUGCGCCGCCGCGGGUCCCCUGGCGCGCCACUUCCUCGCCGUGUGGUGCGCGGCGGGCGCCGAGGCCGAGCGCCAGAUGCCCGCGCUGCGACCGCUGCGCACCCUGCUCGACGAGUGGGCACGAGCCCUGCUCGAGCGGUUGCUAGGGGACGCCCUGCUGCGACAGCUGCUCGACAACGUCGCCAGCGAUGCGCCGCCCGACGCUUGGACCAACAAAGUUUAAAAACUGCUUGGGAUCAACCCAUUCGGUGCUUGCCAUGAGUGGGAAGACUGUGUGUGUUCACUACUCAGCAGAAUUAUUUCACCAACCAAUGUAUUUCGCUCAAGGUCAGUGACUGAUGCCAACACUUGCGCACGUUCACAAUUGCAUUUUGCAUACUAAAACCUUCUCGUUGCGAUGUCAUGCAAAGUGAUAGUGAUUUUCUUAAGCCCAUGCUUUGGUUGCACGAAGGAGGACUCUAUUUUGCACGGCCAUGUUUUCUGUCAUAUACAGAUCGGAGUGGACAGUAGGCAGGAUCUUUCUUUUUCACCAUUGUUCCUUGAUUUUCAGACACGUAAAGCAGAUGAUAAUUUCAGGAAUCUUAUCAGUUUUAGACGGCAGUCUGUGAAUCGCUGAAACGACACUUUCAGACAGUGGCGAAAGCUCAAGUUUGGAAGCAAUCUUGCUUACUUCCGUCAUGAGAGAUUAAUAUUUUUGCCACUUCAAGCCGUGAAUUUCUAUGUUGAGAUUACGAGCGUGAAAAUCGAGGUCAUUAAUGUCAGUUGAUAGCUUUUGUAUAUCGGUGUUUACUUUGGCCUCUUCAAGCUUUGUCACCCUAGAGUUGAU